AUGGCCCGUCGUAGUGCGGAGUACGACUCUAACGAGCGCAGGCCGUUCUCCGAGUGUCUUCCCGGAACACGUGUCGAGCUUCUCGAUACGUUGGAGCAGGCGCUGACGAAAAAGAGUAUGCAGAUACCCGAGGAAGGACGCCGGAUGAUCCCAGGAGGCCGCGUAGAAGUUCAAGGGAGCCAGGAACACGCGAUAGCGGACCGAAAGAUCGUAGGGCUCUUCGGAGACUCGGGCUCGGGGAAGUCAAGUGUUGCCUAUUCCACAGCUGAGCGACUCCGGAGCCAGCAUCGGCUAGCCACCACAUUAUCUUUCUCGCGGAAACGCUUCUCUAGAAGCAACACCGACUACGUCUUCCUCACUUAA